GGUCAUCUUGGGGUAUUAGGGAAGUUACUGAAAUAUCACAAAGCCCCAGAAUCGAUCACAUAAAUGGGGCGCGAUAUUUCAAGAAAGAAACGGAGCGCUGAAGGAUCCCAAAUGAAGGAGAGUGUGUCCCAUUGGGGCUGUGGGGCACGGUGUAUGGGUAUCCUUGGUGUUUUGACAGUCAUUUUAGUGGUGGCCGUGGUUCAUGUGGCAACCAGCGACGAGCGCAAAACGUAUUUUGAUGAACUUGUGAGUACAGGGGGUGCCAUACGUUCAGCGCGCAGUGUAAACUCUGUAUCCGACCACGAAUCGAUGGAAAUUUGCCAUAGUAAAGAAUGCAAGAAAGUAGCCAAGCAUAUAAAUGCGUCCAUGGAUUACUCCAAAGAUCCAUGUGUAGAUUUUUUUGAUUAUGUGUGCGGAGGCUGGAUCGAGGCUAACCCUAUUCCGCGCAGUUCGUCCACCUAUUCCACGUUUGCUAAACUGAAUGGUCGCGUUGAACGCAAUGUAAGGCAUAUCUUAGAAAAGGGCAUCACAUCUUCGAGCAAAAAAUUGUUCCAAUUGCCGAAGAAUUUCUUCAAGUCGUGCAUGGAUUUGAAAACUAUUGACAGCUUGGGGGACAAACCAAUUCGUGAUCUGAUCAAGGACAUCGGCUCCUGGAGUAUCGAUGCCAAGUCAAGAUGGAAUGAAGAUGACUGGGAUUUGCAGAAAACCCUGUUGUUCAUCCACAAAAGCUACACAUCCGCCGGCGGGCCGUUGUUUUCCGUUCAUAUUAGUGAUGAUCCUAUAAACAACACCAGGCACAUAAUUGAGAUAGAUCAGUCCGGACCCAGUCUCUCCAGAGAGGUGUACUUCGAUAGUCCAAAGAUUAUGAAGGCCUACAAGCAGUUUAUUACAACAGUCGGGAAACUGCUGGGUGGCGAUGACCAAAUGGAGAAAAGAGCUGAAGAGAUCGUAGCCCUUGAAAAGAAAUUGGCAAAGAUAAGUGUCCCUGAUGCAGACAAGACUGACACGUGGUUCAACCGAAUGACUAUUGGUAAACUGAAAAAAGAAGCACCCGGGUAUCCCUGGAUGAAACAUUUAUCUUCCAUCUUUACCAACGAAACGUUGAAGUAUAACGAGGAGAUAAUAGUUCCAGCGCUUCCUUAUCUGCAGAAUAUGACAAGAAUUAUCAAAGAGACUCCUAAGAGAAUACUAGCGAACUACAUCGUUUGGAACGUCAUUCAAGACGAAGUCUCUUUCCUUUCCAAGCCCUUCCGCAAGGCCCGAACGCAGUAUAGAGAGAGAGUCCUGGGUUCCAAGGGCCAAAAGAAGCGAUGGAAGACAUGCGUAACUUUUACGAACGAGCUCUUGGGGGACAUCUUGGGAUCCGCUUACGUGGAGCAUCAUUUUAGUAACAGCAGCAAAAAGAUGGCAGAAGACAUGAUUGUGGAGGUCCGCAAUGCUUUCAAGGAUAACGUUAACGCAAUUCCAUGGAUGGACAAAAACACUAAAAUGGUGGUCAUGGAAAAGGCAGAUGCAAUGCAUGAUGAUGUCGGUUUUCCGCGCUAUUUAGUUGAGCAAGAAAAGUUCAAGAAGAGAUUCAAGAAGUACAACCACGUAGAAAUAAAAAGCGAUAGUCUCUUCAAGAAUAGAAUCGCGAUUUUAAAAAUGGCACACCAAAGGAUGCUUAAGAAACUAAGAAAGCCCGUAGAUAAAGAAGAGUGGCCUAUGGACCCACAAACGAUUAACGCAAUGUACAGCUUUAACGAAAAUGAAAUAAUUAUUCCAGCCGGAAUCCUCCAGCCUCCAUUCUUUUAUGCCAAGGGAAGUCCAAGAUCGUUGAGUUUUGGAGCAAUUGGAUCAAUCCUUGGUCAUGAGUUGACUCACGGAUUCGACAAUACUGGUCGAAAAUUCAACAAGAACGGCGAGCUCACUGCACAGUGGUGGUCUCAAGACUCACUUGAUGGAUUCAAUGCUAAGGCAAAAUGUGUGGAGAAUCAGUAUUCUAUGUACAAAGUCAGAGACAAAUAUCCAAUUAACGGAAAGCUCACUCUUGGUGAAAACAUUGCUGAUAACGGCGGGUUUAAGGCGUCGUUUAGGGCCUACAAGAACUGGUUGCGCAAAAAUGGCCAAGAAGCUUGGCGAUUACCGGGCAUUAAUUUCACCAGUGAACAGCUGUUCUUCAUAGGUUUUGGUCAGGCUUAUUGCAGUAAUAGCCGUCCAACGGAGCAGUAUCUGGCGACAUUAAGUGACAGGCACUCUGAGGAAAAAUUCAGGGUCAUCGGAACGCUGUCCAAUUCAUUUGACUUUGCCAGAGCGUUUAAAUGUAAGCCCAAUCAACCUAUGAAUCCCACAAGCAAAUGUGCCGUGUGGUGUAAAGACGAAUUGGAACUUUAGAGAGUGGCUGGUUACAAAGCACCUACGCGAGAACUUUAGGGUGUGGCCGGCUGUAUCCCACGUGGAUUCUAGACCAGAGCCGUAGGAUAUGGCUGACUUGGUGUAUCCCACGUGGCUUCUUUGUGCCUAUGCUGGCCAUGGAUGCGAGAUGAUAGCUUCUUAAGAGAACGGAAUUACUUUUAAUGUGUGUAAUUUAUACUGCAUCGUCUUUGAUAGAUUAUUUACCAUCCUUCCUCAAUUUUUUCCCUCCUGAGCUUGUUUUCAUUUCAUUUCUGUAUCAUCGAUCGUCAUGGAUGUCAGUCAGUUUGUAAAAUAAUAAUGAUGGUAAUUUGACAGGUGGAAAUUUAUCUCAUAAAAUGGAAAAAAGAAUCGAAUUUAAUAUGAACAAAAGCUGAACGAUUUUCCAGCGAUAAAUAAAGUUCAGUAAAAAGUUGAAUUGUUAACUACCAAUUUUCUAGCUGCUUUUUGUUCAGAGGAAAAUUUUUCCAUCUUCGGCGGCGGUGGAAAACUUUCCAAAACAGAGGCUGAUUGAUAUGCUGCAUAUAACAUAAAAAUGAGACUUAAGAGAUUUCUAAAAUGACAACGAACUUUAUGAAAAAAAAAUUCCAUUUUCAAACGCAAGCACUGAACGAAUUUAAACUAUGUAACCUGAACCUGAAUUGCUAACAAAAGAAUCGUACACUGUGCCGAUUUGCGUGCGGUAAAUUACUCCAUCUAAUUUUCACAACAAACCGUAAAUGCAAAUUUGUGGUAAAAUUAUUGUGUCGGUUUAAAAUUUUGAUUGAAUCAUUUGUUGUAUGUUUUUUGCCAAACCAUUCAGUAAACGCCAGAAGUGAUAAAUAUCUACCAAGGUGUUGUCUUGAAAUGACACCAAGUUCUCAUGCAAUUGCUGAUUGACAAGGAGGUGCAAAUCAAUUAGAAGAAAUACUGAUCAGACAUUGCAAGUUACAGGGUUUAUAAACGGCAGGUUUAUCUCAUUCCACAACUUUUUACAGUCGAUACACAAAUUUUCAGUCGACUCUGGGCAGACUUCGAACUGUGAACGAACUUGUCAGUGACAAAGCUUUGGGUUGGGUGAAUGAUAUUUUUCUUAAUUACCUUAGAGAUAUUUGUCAAAUGAAACUUUAUUUGCAAAUUUUAUUAAAAGAAGCAUGCUGGAAAGAAAGAAAUAGCAAGAGUCUAUUUAAAUCCUCAACGAAGUACAAUUACCACUUAAUUUCUUCAGUUGCUCCGAUAUAGAAUUUUUUAGUCUGUACAAAUAUUUUAUUGAUCUUGUAGUCAGCUAGUUUGUAUAAAGUUGCAAAGGUUAUUUUUCCUUUUCCUGCAAUUUGAUUGGUUUCAAGCCUUGUACUCUGAUCGGUUGUUUUACUUUAGUAAAGCUUUCUCAUUGGCUAGGGAAAAGAUGCGAUUUAGCGCAAAUUACAAAAGAAAAAUUGAGAGAUUCGUGAAUAAAUCGCACGCACGAGAGCCAAUCAGAUGACGGUGAUAUAGAAAAUGUAGAAUGUAAAAUAACCAUAAAUCAUUACUAGAUGCGUAAAUUCUUCAGAAAGGCAAUGCAAAUUGGGAUUUGAUCUAUCCAACAAAAUAUAAAUUCAUCAUUAAAAACCACUUUGUAGCUUUGGGCGUUGAAUCAGUUUCACAACAAGGAGUGACAAAAACGGUCUUUCUCUUUACAAAGUCACUACAUUUUCAAACAAUAAGGCGAGAAGAGGAAAGAAUAAUAUCAACUAGGUAUACCUUUUUGGAUAUUUCUAAACACAAAUUCUCAAUAUUUAAACCACAUAAAAAGGCGGACAUAAGGGAGAUCUGACUUCUAUAUCUUGCAAGUUUAGAGGUUAAAAGACGGACUUAUUUACUUAUCACAGGUGCAACACACAUCCACAUAUCACAUGAAACUCACUUUGCAUAAGAUACCACUUUUACUUAAAUCUCAUAAUUUUUCAAAGUCAAUAUUUAAAAUUUAAAUAUAUUAAAACGGAUACUCCGAUAACAAUCCUUCAGUAGUAAACUCUAAGAUGUACUCUACAUCUUUUUAAAUAUUUUAAAAUCCCCAAAAGGGCAUAAUCAUUUCAAAUAACUUUCCUACUAUUGACACAUAAAACGCCACGACACUUGUACUUCGCUGACGCUUAAAUAAGGCGUUCUCACAAUAUAUGCUCAAAGGCCAUUCUCAGGAAGGAAAAAAUGUGGAUUGAACUGAAUUAAGAAAAAAAAACUUCAUAAAUAUGAAUAUGAAGACCAGCCCCUAAAUUAUCCCAACAUGGGUUUUACACAUCCAAACCCAAUAAAGAGAAGUCUUGCACCAUAAAUACUUGAUCCCCAUCGCAAAAA